CCGCGCGGAGCAGCCACCUGGCACGCGGGGCUCCGGCUCCUCCGGCGGGGCUCGGCAUGAGGCUGGCACGGCUGCUGCGCGGAGCCGCCUCGGCCGGCCGCUCCAGCGCCAGCCGCAGCCUCGGCUCGCACUCGGGCUCCGGGCCGGCGCCCGAACGCGGCAUUCCGGGCCAAGUGGACUUCUACGCGCGCUUCUCGCCGUCCCCGCUCUCCAUGAAGCAGUUCCUGGACUUCGGAUCUGUGAAUGCUUGUGAAAAGACCUCAUUUAUGUUUCUGCGGCAAGAGUUGCCUGUUAGAUUGGCAAAUAUAAUGAAAGAAAUAAGUCUUCUUCCAGAUAACCUUCUCAGGACGCCAUCAGUUCAAUUGGUACAAAGCUGGUAUAUCCAGAGCCUUCAGGAGCUUCUUGAUUUUAAGGACAAAAGUGCUGAAGAUGCUAAAACUAUUUAUGACUUUACAGAUAUUGUGAUACGGAUCAGAAACCGACAUAAUGAUGUAAUUCCCACGAUGGCUCAGGGUGUGAUUGAAUACAAGGAGAACUUCGGGGUGGAUCCUGUCACCAGCCAGAAUGUUCAGUACUUUUUGGACCGCUUCUUCAUGAGCCGCAUUUCAAUUAGAAUGUUACUCAAUCAGCACUCUUUAUUGUUUGGUGGGAAAGACAAAGGAAGCCCAUCUCAUCGAAAACACAUUGGAAGCAUAAACCCAAACUGCAACGUAGUUGACGUUAUUCAAGAUGGCUAUGAAAAUGCUAGGCGUCUAUGUGAUUUGUAUUAUAUUAACUCUCCUGAACUAGAACUUGAAGAACUAAAUGCAAAAUCACCAGGACAGCCAAUACAAGUGGUUUAUGUACCAUCCCAUCUCUAUCACAUGGUGUUUGAACUUUUCAAGAAUGCAAUGAGAGCGACCAUGGAAUACCAUGCUGACAAAGGUGUUUACCCACCAAUUCAAGUCCACAUAACACUGGGUAAUGAGGAUUUGACUGUGAAGAUGAGUGACCGAGGAGGUGGUGUUCCUUUGAGGAAAAUUGACAGACUCUUCAACUACAUGUACUCAACUGCACCCCGGCCUCGUGUCGAGACGUCUCGAGCAGUGCCCCUGGCUGGUUUUGGUUAUGGACUGCCCAUCUCACGUCUCUAUGCACAGUACUUCCAAGGAGACCUAAAGCUGUAUUCCCUAGAGGGCUACGGGACGGAUGCAGUGAUCUACAUUAAGGCUCUGUCAACAGAAUCAAUAGAAAGACUCCCAGUGUAUAACAAAGCUGCCCGGAAGCAUUACAACACCAACCAUGAGGCUGAUGACUGGUGUGUCCCCAGCAGAGAACCAAAAGACAUGACAACAUUUCGCAGUGCCUAGAUAUGCUUGGGACACCUGGGAAUUCCAAGUGUGGCUUUUGUAUUAGAUUUGGAAGGGAUGGUGUUCAGAACUGCAUUAUACCAAAUACUUCAUGUAUCCUUUUCACAGUAACUAUUUGGGUAGAAUAAAUGGAAUCUGAGUUCCAUUUAUGCCUGUUAAAUCUCCUGUCAAACCUACCUAUUUGACGCUUAUAUUUUCACAGUUAAUUGAACAUAUUUUUAAAUAACUGUAGUUUCGGUCAACUUUUCUCUUUAAGGUAGACAUCAGAAGAGUGGAAGUCUUUGGGUUUCUACAGGAAGCUGUGUGGUUUUUAAAAUACAAUUUUCAUUUAAGUCUGCUGGAAACAUUUCCUUAGUAAUACUGAUAAGCUAGUUAGCCAUCUUUCAGUUAUUUGGAGGAGUUCUGCCAUCCUUUAUGUAUUAUAGUAGUGGCAACUGUUAUAAGAUAGUCUUCACAUACCAGUGACCAAUUGCAGGUAAAGCCGAACCAGUUGUUCUGUUAGGACAGAACCAGCCACCUUUCAGCAUCUGCAUGCAUUAUCUUAGCUCUGAAGUUAAUUUAUCAUUUUAAAAUUUAUUGUGAAAGAUUGUCAUGACUAGUUCCGUAUGGAUCUAAGCCAAGAUCAUGGGCAGUCUACUUUGAAUGUGCUUAUGAUUAAUGCAAGGGGAAAUUUUCCUUAAAAUUUCCUAAAAAAAUUUCCUAAAAUUUUCCUAAAAACAAACUAGCAACUGCUGAUUUUCUAGAGAAGAAAUUGAGGGCAAAGCACUGAGUCCCAAAAUCUGAACAUUACUGAGAUUACCUAGAGGAGCUUUUGAGGAGCAGAGCCUUUCUGGGUCCUACUGCAUACAUGCUGAAUUAGACUCCACAGCUAGAGCCCAGGAAUCUCUAAAAAUGCUUCCUAGGUGAGUCUGAUGCAUCAUCUAGUUAGGGAACCAUUCUUUUAAAAUGAGUAAUAAUAAUACCACAUUUACUAAAGUAACAGAUAUCUUUAGGUUUUGGUUUUGACCUUUUGAAAGGUGAGACUAUUAGACUGUAGGGUGGCAAAGUGAAUCUCAAGCCUGGUACAGUUAGGAGCAUAGUUAGAAGCAGGAGAUAAGAUGAUUACUGGAGAACAAUAGCCAGAUAACCGAAGGAUCAGAACCCUAAAUGCACAAAUCUUGACAAAGAACAUACAUUUUAUAAGAAAUAUCUAGACUUUGUUAUCAGGAAAAAAGCCAAUUUGGGCUUAUCGCAGCAAUCCUUGCAUUUGUGUGAUAAUUUGUAGUCUACAGAUACUUUGGUAUGUUAAUGAUAGCUCCAUCGGGCUUUAAAACAGAAAGAUACAGAGCAGGUGAUAUCAUCCUUGUGUUGGGACUCAGAGUGGGGCCCAGAGUUGCACAGAAUUGGAGCCAGGGCCCAAGCUGUAUAUGCUGGUCACGCCGUCAGCCGCCAAACCUGGGAGACCAUGAAGUUAGGAGACUAUGUUGUUAGUCAUAGCUCAUCUUUAAGGUGACGGAAAAACAGUGACAAUAAAUUUUAAAGUAAGAUUUUAAAUGUUUAAAGAACAGCUUUACUACUUAAAGGAGGGAACUUUAUCUAUCUGGAAAAUGCAUUUAGUUGAAACACCUCACUCUCAAAAGGAUUACAUAAGCUUAACAAUUCUAUAUAAAUGUGUAAAUUGGGAGGGAUGUUAAAGGACAGUUAGGCCAGAACCCUGAUAUGACAGAUGGUGAUCCUGAGACUCAGGGUAUGUGGUUUGCCCAAGGCUUCUUAUCUAAUCUGACCAAAUGUAGGAAAAAGAGGUCUUUUAUGUAACCUAUUGUUCCUUAUACAUUUUGUGAGAAACAAUAGGAUAUGCUAAUAGAUGAUUUUUAUUAGUUCAAUAUAAUUUUUUAGCUUUAAAUUACACUUUUCUUGUAAUGAUAAAAUUUUUAGACUCCUUUGAAUCAAAGUUAUCUACUUUCUUUCCUAAACAAGACAUUUGUACAACUGACAUAAACUUGAUGUUUUUACGUAUGAAACGCUCCCCCCCCCAAAAAAAAAAUUUUUAACCUUUUCCUCUUUAUUUAAGAGCUAAGAAAUGGCGUUUUCAAAGGAAAAGUGAAAUCUUUUCCUUUAGCUUCUUUUUUGGUAUAAUAAUGGCUCUUUACUUUGUUGUGGUAAUGGACAGAAAAUUACAUAGAAAAAUAUUUCAGAGAAAGCUUUUUCCUGGUUGGUUUUAAAUCAUUGUGCCACCUGAAAAGUUUUUAGAUUUUUUACACUAUUUUGUCUACCAGCAUUUAAAUGUGAUGCCAUGUAGAUAUAGAAAUAUACUGAAGGAUAAGAAUUGAUACUAAGUGAUUUUUAUAACCUGGGCAUUUAGGGAAUGUGCCAACGUUUUUUAGAAAGAAUCGCAAAAAUAUUCUGCCCUGUACUUAAAAUACUGGCUGGCUUUAGAUAUCUUCAUGCUCAAUAGCAAUCACUUUCUUGCACUGUGAAGUUUUUACAUGAAGAUGUUGAGGUGGGAGUCUACCAUGUUAUUUUAUAAAAUGUUUUGUGAAUGGCAAUAAACUGAAAACAUGAAUCAA